CCAUCUGCCCAUCCCUACCGCCCCACCCCAUCGCUUCUCACCCUUCUCUUUCAUCACACCAACUCAGCUUACGUAAAGAUUCUACCACCACCUACAUCACCACCACCAUUGACACAUAUACCAUAAACGUUGGCUUGUCCCUCUCUUUUAUGAAUCUAUACAUCUCUUGUUCUUUCCCCCAUUCUGUUUUUGUAGCUCCGGUGUUUCAGAUAAAAUCCUCUCCCCUACUAUUAAUUGCAAAGUAUCCGGUAAGAGGAGGAGGCACCGUCAUCUAUGGAGACUAGACAGCCAUAUUCCAAUGAGGAUAUAUACAAAAGAAGGUUUCAAAGAAGUAAAUCGGAGGAUGAUCAGAAGCCCCUUCAGGUCAUAUCGCAUGAUAAAACCGGAAACUGCAAGAACAAACCAUCACAACCGCUGCUACUCGCCUUCGUGAUGCUUUCAACUCUCAUCUUCAUCACUUACUCUCUCACUUAUCAUAACCAUCACUACAAAAACAUCCCUCGUGCUAUUUCAAACUGGAAGUGGGGUGGAGGGACUGAUCAAAGAUACGUGUCGCAUUUAGAAAUCAAAUGGGAUGAGAUAUCGAGUGUUCUUGACAAAUUAUCUGCUAAAAACCAAAAGAUUAAUGGGAAUAUUGGCUUCUUGAACUUUAACGAGACUGAAAUCAGUGACUGGAAGACACAUAUUACACAAACUAACGAGAAUCAAAUGGUUAUUCUUCACCUUGAUCCUGUCGACAAAAAUGUGACCUGGGAUUCGUUGUAUCCUGAAUGGAUAGACGAAGAACAAGAAGAGGAAGUUCCAAGCUGUCCUAAUCUGCCAAAAGUCGAAUUAGUGCAACGGAAAAGGCUUGAUCUGAUUGUGGUGAAGCUUCCUUGUGAAACCGAGGGAAAUUGUUCUAGGGAUGUUGGCAGGCUCCAUUUGCAGCUUGCAGCCGCUGGGCUUGCUGCAUCAUCUAGAGUGAACCAUCUGCUUUUUGUUACUGAUUUCUUCCCGAUCCCGAAUCUGUUUCCUUGUAAAGAGCUGGUGGUACGUAGAGGAAAUGCUUGGUUAUAUGAACCAAAUUUGAAGGUGUUGGGAGAAAAGAUUCAGCUUUCAGUCGGAUCUUGUGAACUUGCAUUGCCUUUUAAACCUCGAGAUGGAGAUUAUAUUGGGAAUGUUCGGAGGGAGGCAUAUGUGACAAUCCUACAUUCAGCACAUGUUUAUGUUUGUGGGGCAAUUGCUGCAGCACAAAGCAUUCGAAUGUCAGGUUCAAAUAGAGAUCUUGUGAUACUUGUGGACGAGACCAUAAGUGAUUACCAUCGUAGUGGACUAGAGUUAGCCGGAUGGAAGAUUCGCACGAUAAAACGGAUACGAAACCCUAAAGCUGAGAAAAAUGCAUACAAUGAAUGGAACUAUAGCAAGUUUCGUCUAUGGCAAUUGACUGAUUACGAAAAGAUCAUCUUUAUCGACGCUGAUUUGCUCAUCCUAAGGAACAUCGAUUUCCUAUUUGGGAUGCCUGAGAUCUCUGCUACUGGUAACAAUGGAACCCUUUUCAACUCUGGUGUAAUGGUAAUCGAGCCAUCCAAUUGUACUUUUAAACUUUUGAUGGAUCAUAUCAAUGAGAUCACAUCAUAUAAUGGUGGUGAUCAGGGGUACUUGAAUGAGAUCUUCACAUGGUGGCAUCGCAUCCCAAAAACCCUAAAUUUUUUGAAGAACUUUUGGAUUGGCGAUGACGAAGAAACAAAAGAGAAAAAGACGCGCCUUUUUGGAGCUGACCCACCAGAACUUUACGUACUUCAUUACCUCGGGCUAAAACCAUGGUUGUGUUUUAGAGAUUACGAUUGUAAUUGGAAUUCAGAUAUAUUUCAAGAGUUCGCGAGUGAUGUUGCUCAUGAACGGUGGUGGAAAGUGCAUGACGCAAUGCCCACUGAGUUGCAUCAGUUUUGCUUGUUGGAAUCCAAGCAAAAAGCACAACUAGAGUGGGACCGAAGAGAAGCACAAAAAGCUAUAUUUAAAGAUGGACAUUGGAAAGUAAAGGUACGAGAUCCACGACUAAAAAAGUGCAUCGAUAACUUGUGUUCGUGGAAAUCAAUGUUGAAGCAUUGGGGAGAAACAAAUUGGACAGAUGAUCGAGGUUUUAAUCCAACACCACCUAUGAUUACCAAACUUAAAAUUGACAGAUGAGUACAUGUAGCCCACAUAAUUGAUGGAUUCCUUUUUGGUAUGUAGUGAUUGAUUUUGUAAUAAAUUGUAAAUUUAAUGUUGCAUAGUAUUGGUGUGUUCUAGAGACAAGG